AAAAUUAUGAACAAUAAAUAAUAAAAUCCUUAAUGUUAGGAAUCGAUACCAUAGAGUAAAUCAAAUUAGUAAAAUCAAAAAAGUGAAUCACUUAAAUUGAAAUAACCGUAGCAUGAUUAUAGCAAAGGAAAUAGGUAAUAAUUUAAAUUCGAUAAAAAGAACAUGUAUGGCAACUGGAAAAAAUGGAAUUGAUUUCUACAUUUUAGCCAAGAUUGUUUAAAAAGAACAUUCUGAAACAAUAUAAGCAGCUAUUGAAGACUUAUUUUGAUUUAAUAAUGUUAUAUAAAUUAUUAGUUUAUUCUAAAC